ACCUGUGCCGUACCUCUGGUGGAAAAGGACAGAAGGCGGCGUCUCCCAGAAUAGAGAGGACGAGCUCCAGCAGCUCAGGGCAGACUUAUAAUUUAUCGCUCAUCUUUCGGACUUUUUGUGGAGAAUCUGGGUUUUUCCUAACUAUGGACUGAUCCCGUCCUUCAUCCAGAAAAACUCAGAGCGGAGGAUCAACUCUUCUCUAGCAGCAUCAUGUCCGAUUUGGGAAGCUACAACAAGAGUUUUACCAACACCUGGAACGUGAGCGGCAGCGGCUCCUUGUUUCUGGCUUUCCUGCUGACCGUGGUCGUCCUCAUCACCGUGUGCGGCAACGUGCUACUCAUCGCCCUGGUCUUUGCUCAGCGCUCUCUACGCUGCACCUCCAACUGCUUCCUGGUGUCCCUGUUUCUGUCCGAUCUCAUGGUGGCGCUGGUGGUCAUGCCCCCGGCCGUGCUCAACGUGCUGUGCGGGGCCUGGGUGCUCUGGCCUGCCUUCUGCCCCGUGUGGCUCUGCUUUGACGUCAUGUGCUGCAGCGCCUCCAUCCUCAACCUGUGCGUCAUCAGCCUAGAUCGCUACGUCUUUAUCAUCUCGCCGCUGCGCUACAAGCAGAGGAUGACCCUCCCUCGGGCGCUGCUCCUUGUAGGCGCUGCCUGGGGGUUGGCGGCGCUGGCGUCCUUCCUGCCCAUCGAGAUGAAGUGGCACAGCUUGGGCUACCUAAGCGGCCGGCCGCCGACUCCGGGAGGCGGAAACAACAGCUCGGACUCGAUGUACCCGGCGUCCUACUUCCAGGUCUUUCCGCCCGGAGGCCUUUACUUUCAGUGCCGCCUGCAGGUCACCUUGCCCUUCGCACUGGUGGCAUCCGUGCUCACCUUCUUCUUGCCCUCAAGCGCCAUCUGCUUCACUUACUGUAGGAUUCUUCUGGCAGCUCGGAGACAAGCUAAGAGGGUGGCGGCCUUGAGCCACCCGCCACACCCUCACCCUUCUCUUGGAGAACCAUCCAGGCCUCCUUCACUUGGGGGUGCAGCUCAGCAAGAUGGAGAUGACUGCAGCAACCAGGAACGCCCGGUACCGCAGAAUCUACUGCCGUCAGCGAGCAGUGAGCGUGGCCUGACGCAUAGACAAGGUCGCAGGGCGCUGAAGGCCAGCCUGACGCUGGGAGUCCUGCUGGGACUCUUCUUCUUCGCUUGGCUGCCAUUUUUCAUCGCCAACAUGGCUCAGGCAGUGUGCGAGUGCGUGCCCCUGGCCCUGUUUGAUGCCAUCACGUGGCUGGGCUACUGCAACAGCACCAUCAACCCCAUCAUCUACCCGCUCUUCAUGAGGGACUUCAAGCGAGCACUCGGGAAGCUCCUGCCCUGCUCCUCGUCCUCGUCCUGGCGCUCGCCCAGGCAGCUCUCACCAGCGCUCUCCCUGUCCCUGCGCAACUCAGGCACCCAGACCCCGUCCCCUGUUACCACCACGCCCCAGCCGCCAGCCACCGCCGCCGACGCCGUCAACCUGCUGGACGCCGAUCUGCCGCUUCUCCUGCCCAAUCAGGUGGUCACGCCGGACUGAGCGGAUUCAGUCUAAGAUGGGGAGUGCGGUCUAAAUGGUGUACCACAGAUGAAAACUGUUCAUGUGAUGAUGUCGACGACUGUGAGUGGCUACACUCCCAAAUAUAAGACAACCUGUCUUAAAAAAAAACAUUUUUCUAUAUAGUUUUAUAUUUGGCCCAACAUGCCAAAUACAGUCUACAUUUAAAACGAAUUUGCCCCAAAUAUAAGACGUCCAGUCUUUUUUUCCCUAAGGGGGAAAAACUUAGUAGUAUAAUCAGCUCAACACAAAACAUAAACUAUCCUCAAAUAUAAAACUUUCUUGUCUUUUUUAGACUUUAUUUUACAGGGAAAAUUGUGUUUUAUAUUCAGUUAAAAUGAAAGUUUUAACCUAAAACAUAAAUUAGCCCAAGUAAAAGACAAACUGCCAUUUUUUUUUUUUUUACUUAAAUGGUAAAUGGGUUGUACUUGUAUAGCGCUUUUCUACCUUCAAGGUACUCAAAGCGUUUUGACACUACUUCCACAUUCACCCAUUCCCACACACAUUAACACUGAUGGAGGGAGCUGCCAUGCAAGGCGCUAACCAGCACCCAUCAGGAGCAAGGGUGAAGUGUCUUGACCAAGGACACAACGGCAGUGACAUGGAUGGCGGAAGUGGGAAUCAAACCUGCAACCCUCUAGUUGCUGACACGGCCGCUCUACCAACCGAGCUAGCCCUACUUUUAUCCUAUAGUUGGCCUAACACACCAUGUACAGUUUAAAGCUAAGUCUUAAAUAAGUAUAAAACAAACUUUAUUAGGCUUUAUCCCAGGGAAGAAAAAACACAAGUGCCAUUUAAAAGUGAACACAAAUUAAUCCCCGAAUAUAGGACAACCUGUCUUAUUGAGACUUUUUUCCCCGGGACCAAAAAACUGAGCAAUGUUCGACCCGUCGUGCAGUUUUAACAUAAAUUAACUUCAAAUAUAGAAUGGGCUGUCUUUUGAAACAACACAACAGAAAAAAACUUUUGUCCGAAGAGGAAAAAUACUGUUUAGUAUUCGGCUCAACAUGACAUGUACAGUUUAAACCUAAAACAUAAAUCAGCCCCGGAUAUAAGACGACCUGUCUUUUUGAGACUUUUAGGGGCGAAAAAUACUGUCCUACAUUCAGGUCAAUGCGACAUGUACAGUUUUCACGUAAAACAUAAAUCAGCCCCAAAUAUAGGACCUCCUUUCUUCUUUUUUAAAAAUCAGUCCCAAAUAUAAAACAACCUGUUUUUUUGAGAGUAUUCUUCGGGGGGGGGGGGGAUCCUGUCCUAUAUUCGGGUCAAUGCAACAAGUACAGCAUCCUGUCUUUUUUCUUAAAUACUUUUUUCUAAGCGGGGAAAUACCAUCUUACAUUUAGCUCAACAUGACAUAUACAGUUUACACCAAAAACAUACAUUAGCCCAAAAUAUAGAACCUAUUGUUUGUUUUAAAAAACAAAAAAAAUUCCAAUGGGAAAACAUACCGUCUUGCAUUAAUCUCAACAUGACAUGUACACUUUAAAUCUACUGUUUACACUGAAAACAGAAAUUAGCCCCAAACGUAAGACAGUCUGUCUUUAUUAGGCUUCUUUUUAAGGGGGAAAGACACGGUCUUAUAUGUGUGUCAUCACACAAUAUACAGGUACAACUUAAAACAUAAAUCAGCCCUGAAUAUUAACUUUGCAACUUUUUUUCUAGGGGAGAAAAAUACUGUCCUAUAUUCAGGUCGACGCAACGUACUGUAUUAAUUUAUUUUUGUUAUGCUUUUCCCAAAGGGCAAAAAUACUGUCUUACAUUUGGUUCAACACAACAUAAUAUUAAUAAUACAUUAGAUUUUAUAUAGCGCUUUUCUAUCAUUAGACAGUCAAAGCGCUCACAGAGAAGUAAGACCACAUCAUUCAUUCACACCUGGUGGUGGUAAGCUACAUUUGUAGCCACAGCUGCCCUGGGGUAGACUGACGGAAACGAGGCUGCCAGUUUGCGCCUACGGCCUGUCCGACCACCACCUAUCAUUCAUCAAUCAUUCAUCCACCAGUGCCCAAGGACACAACGGCAGAGAUUUGGAUGUCAAGAGGCAGGGAGCGAACCGGCAACCCUCAGGUUUCUGGCACCGCCGCUCUACCCACUACGCCAUAAAGCCCCAUAACAUGUGUACAGAUGUACAAACCUAAAACACAAAUUAUUCCCGAAUAUAAGACGACUUGUCUUUUUGAUAUGUUUCUUCGGGGGGAGGAAAAUACCGAUGUAUAUUCUGGUCAAUGCAACGUUUACCUCAAACAGAAAUUAGCCCUGAGUGUAAGACAAACUUUUUUCCCAGGGAAGAAAAAAACUGUGCUGUGUAAGUCAACGAGUCAUGUGCAGUUUAAACACAAACAUAAAUUAACAACAAAUAUAAGACCUACUGUCUUAUUUUAAAACAAGUUUUUUUUUUCACAAGGAAAAAUUACCGUCUUACAUUCGGCUGAACAGGACAUGUGCAGUUUAAACUUAAAACACAAAUUCUUCCCAAAUACAAGACUACCUGUGUUUUGAGGUUUCUUUCUUCUUGGGGAGAAAAAUAUAAUUACAUUUUUGGGUCAAGGCAGGAUUUACAUUUUACACCUUAAUCAUAAAUUAGCCCCGAAUAUAAUACAAACUGUCUUACUGAGAAUUAUUUUCCAGGGAAGAAAAAAAACUGUGCUAAGUUAAAGUCAACACGUCAUGUGCAGUUUAAACAUACAUUAACUAUGAAUAUAAGACAUACUGUCUUUUCUUUAUUUAAUACUUUUUUCAAGGGUAAAUAGUGUCUUUCAUUCGGCUUAACAUGACAUGUACAGUUUAAACUUAAAACACAAAUUACUCCCGAAUAUAAGACGACCUGUGUUUUUAAAGUGUUUCUUGUAAGGGAGAAAAAUACCACCCUAUGUUCAGGUCAACGCAACAUGUACAGUUUACACCUUAAACAUAAAUUAGUCCCGAAUAUAAGACAAACUGUCUUAGUGAGACUUUUUUUCCAGGGAAGAAAUAACUGCAAUGUUUGAAUCAACACGUCAUGUGCAGUUGAAACAUAAACAUGAAUUAACCCCGAAUAUAAGUCAUACUGUCUUUUUUUGAAUUAAACAUUUUUAAAUGAGAAAAUACUGUUUUACAUUUGGCUCAACAUGACAUGUACAGUUUAAACCUCUAACAAAUUAUCCCCUAAUAAAAGACAA